CAGCAAGUGCAAAAGAGAAAAAAAAAGCAAUGCGUUGUCGUCGAUAUGAUUCGCAAUUCCGCCAGGUCACAAAGUUGUACGAGUUUUCUCGAGUACCGUGCAAUAGUCCGUCCAUCUCAACGCCACCAACUUCACGAUUGUUCACGAUGUUACGUUGACAUGGCGCGCCGCGAGAGGACGCAUCAGUCGCCGUGGAGGCCGCCGGAGCGCCGUAGUUUUCGCGCGGGGCGGGUGUUGUCGUUGUCGCGUCGCAACUUUCGCGCGACCACGAGAGAGAAGUUGGAGUUACCGCGGGGGGAAGCUUGUCGUGCACGGAGGACCGCGCGAAAAUGCCGCCGAAGAAGCGGGAAAAGGAUCUCGAUGGGCAGAAGGGACCUCGUAUGGACCAGAUCCAGGCUGACCACGAGCUCUUUCUGCAGGCCUUCGAAAAACCAACACAGAUUUACCGGUUCCUCCGCACAAGAAAUCAAAUUUCACCAAUAUUUCUAUAUCGAAACUUAACGUAUAUGCGGCAACGUAUGUCCAGAAGUCACAAGUCACGACGAGGAUUUAAGGUCGAUACGAUUCUGGAUAAAUUAAUAGCGAAAAAGAAGCAUGAACAGAAUCUCGGUGUUCGCGGAUACAUGACUCUUACGUUUUUAGGAUUUUAUGACAAAAAAGCUGAAAUAUCGCAGGAUCCUGUUAAAGUGGAAACAUUGUUGUUGAAAAUUUGCCACAAGAAAAGAAAAGAUGUUAGCUCACCUGUCAUGCAAGUUUCAGUCGGUACAAGCGAGGUCCCAAUCAAUCCUUCCGAGAGUCAACCUCCACCGAAGGCAUCCACAAUUUCCAUACCCAAUGAAUCUUUCUGCUUAAAUAAUGGUCACAUAGCAAAGACUUAUAUGCUUUUGCUCAGGGUUUACUGCAUGUCUAACAAUGGCUGCCUUAUAACUAACUGUGAUUUAGAAGAACCAGCUCAAAAGCGUCGUAAAUCGUCAACGGGUAUGAUAAAGGUCAAUGGCGAAGAAGUGAAACAAUAUGGUUCGGAGCUUACCGUGUACGAUAAACACAAUCGAUGCCUGUUGACGGACGGCGAGUAUGAGUUAGGUUUGCAGGAAGUACAGACCAAUGUUAGGUCCAGUCCCAAGAAACACAGCUCUUGGGAAACUGUGGCUGACAUCAAAGACUGCGAACCGUUCGACAUGUUUAGGCAAGGACCGACGUUAAAGUUUCGGCUCAGUUGGACGACGGAACCGAGCAACGGUCUGGUGGAUAGACCGAUGCCGAUACCUCAAAUACCGAGCGGUGACAAUAAAGAGAAUCGGUCGGCCAACGCUGGUUUUGAACGUUCCUCUUCCGUAAAUCACAAUAACAAUAGCACAAAUAAUAAUAAUAAUAAUAACGCGACACUGCCAACGCCUAGUCCGCUAACGCCCUCGUCGAGAAUGAGCAUCUCCAACGAGAAGGUGGACACUAAUGCUAACGGAACUCAGCAGAUAGUCUAUCAAUUUUUGUACAACAAUAACAGCCGACAGCAAACGGAGGCCUGCGAAGACCUACACUGCCCCUGGUGCUCGUUGGAUUGCGGCAAAUUGUACUCGCUUCUAAAGCACUUGAAAUUGUGUCAUUCACGAUUCACAUUCACAUACGUGCCAAUUCCACAAGGUGCCCGAAUUGAUGUAGCAAUAAACGAAUGCUAUGAUGGUUCGUAUGCAGGUAGUCCUCAUGAAUUAAUUUCACAACCGUCUAGUAUACCUUUUUCAAGGACAGGACCAACCAGACGUACGAGCGUGACGAAUAUUCUGGUGUGCCGUCCGAAGAGAACGAAACCAAGUCUGUCCGAGUUUCUGGAACUUGACGAGAAUGAGUUCGAAAGUCAAAGGCCUUAUAUCACCGGCCACAAUAGACUGUAUCAUCAUACUGUGACCUGCCUGCCUAUAUAUCCCAAAGAGAUGGAUAUCGAUUCCGAGGGUGAGAAUGAUCCUAAGUGGCUGCAAACAAAGACAAUGAUGAUGAUCGAUGACUUUACGGAUGUGAACGAGGGCGAGAAAGAGUUAAUGAAGAUGUGGAACCUGCAUGUGAUGAAGCAUGGAUAUGUGGGAGACUGCCAGAUACCACUAGCUUGCCAAAUGUUCUUAGAGAAUAAGGGGAAGGAGUUGCUCAUGAAGAACCUCUAUCGCAACUUCGUAUUGCACAUGUGCAGUCUGUUUGAUUUUGGGCUAAUCAGUCCGGUGAUAUUAUAUCAGACCAUACAGAAGUUGCAAGAAAUUAUGAAGGAGGGCGGUGAAGACGGAGACGUACGUAAGGUGCUGCAAAAAUCACACGAGGCUCAAGUGGAGCAUUGGAAGGCUACGAGUGCACAUACACAAUUGGUACAUGACGGGUCCAAAGCUGCCGGUGUAACGAGUGGUGUUAAGCUCAACUUCGGCAAUGACAGUUCCUCGAGCACUUCGUCGAACGCCAGGCGAAAAACGACAACCGCCUCCAUGCCGUUGGGCUCGCCCAACUCGCAAAACGUCAAGAAUACAAUGCAUAACAAUAUGCACAACGUCAGUACGUAAGCACUGAAUUCGUUAUCAUUGUCGAGGAGUAAGACUGUCAUUCACAAUAGUUCGAUGCAGAAUUCCGUUGUCGGUGCGUGCAUCCCGCCCUUCUAUCAUUCUUUGGGGUCCAAUUCUCUCCGACGCGGAGCAUCGUAAGCAAGAUUGUGCCCAACGGUGUGUCCAAUUAGAAAGUACAAGCACGCCAUCGAGCAGGCGGUCGAACGAUCUAUCGGCAAAAGUACAAACUGUAGUGCAAGUGACAAGAAGCAGCAGCGUUCCUGCUGUGCCGGAUAUUCGAUACAAGCCGGCAAGAAUGCUAGUACUAUCGAAUACCACCAGCGAAAAUUGGUCCUGGACGUGAUACUGGCGACAAACAACAAUAGCCGCAUCGCCGCAUCCGCUAGCCAGAAACCGUCCUCGAACGGAGGUAGCUUCCACUAGCUACUUAUCAAUAGUAGUAAGAUCGAUUUCGCGCGUUUUUAAUGCAAAUUGCAUCUUCUUUUUUUGUACAGUAUUUGUUGCAAGUAAUAUAGAUUAUGCAAUUGACAUUUAAAUAAACCGGAUAAUUAUUGUUUUAGCUGUUAGAUCGAUUUUUGAGAUUUAAUUUAAAAAUUAUGCGAAUAAUUAUUACAAAUUGAGAAGAGAGAUAAAUAGAUAAAGAGGAUAUCAGAUGAACGAUUUAUUCUGCUCGCCUCUGUGUCGAUGAUACCGAUCGCGAACAAUAAAACACGAUACAAACAU